CCAAAUAGAACCAAACGGAACGAAACCGGGAGGGAACUACCUGAAUUUAUUCAAAAGAAACGAACGCUUUCGUUGCAAAACGAAACUGUUUGGACUAAUGAUUACACCCCAAGUCAGUCCAAUGAAUGUCAACGUUUACUCGAAGAAUCAUAAGAUGGCGACCGCGGAACCGGAGAACAAUUUAAAUCCCCAACAUGCUGAAGGAGGAGAAGAAGCAGAGACUGGUCAGGAGAUAGUGAACCCUGAGAGCUAUAUCAAACACCCCCUCCAGAACAAAUGGUCUCUUUGGUUCUUCAAGAAUGAUAAGACCAAAACAUGGCAGGCGAACCUCUGCCUCAUCUCCACGUUUGACACUGUUGAAGAUUUCUGGGCUCUCUAUAAUCAUAUUCAGUUGUCAAGCAAUCUAAUAUCUGGAUGCGACUACUCCCUCUUUAAGGAUGGCAUUGAGCCCAUGUGGGAGGAUGAGCGGAACAAGCGCGGAGGGCGCUGGCUGAUCACUCUCAGCAAGCAUCAGAGGAGACAAGACCUAGACCGCUUCUGGCUAGAAACCCUUCUCUGCCUUGUUGGGGAGACUUUUGAUGACUAUAGUGACGAAGUGUGCGGAGCAGUAGUCAAUAUUCGCUCGAAAGGAGACAAAAUCGCCAUCUGGACGGCAGACUUUGACAACAGGGAAGCCAUAACACACAUCGGGAGAGUGUAUAAGGAGCGCUUGGGAAUCCCCAUGAAGAUGACCAUUGGCUACCAGUCACACUCUGACACCUCCACCAAGAGCGGCUCGACCACCAAAAACAAGUUUGUGGUCUGAAAAUGCACCAGGUGCCUUGUCUAUUACAUUUUUUGGGGUCUACUAUAUUUCUUUGUGGGUGCAUUUAUUUACAUAGCUACAAUGACUGCGUGACACAAUCUUGGAAAAACUCACGACUAUAUACCAAAACUUCUACAGAACCAUCCUGGCCCUAAAAUCAGGAAACACUUUCACAACACGAACACACUACUUUCUCUGGAAACCCCCAUACACACACACAAAGACACCUGCCAUAGCCACACAGGUGAACAUGCAAACCUCAAAACGCAAAUGAAUACCUUUCAUAGAAAUGUAAGAUGUUCAGAGUGCUCUUAUAAAGAAAAUGAUUUUGUUGAUUUAUUUAAUGGCAGGGAAUUAAUUUGACAUUUAAAAAGUCAAUUUCUCUGCCCUUAUACAGCAUUGUAAUUGCUGUUAUCCUUAAUUAUGUUACGCCGUUUUAAUUUAUUAUACCAAUUCGCUUUUUAGCUAUUUUUAGAGUUGUUCUGUGCUAUGGCCCUAAACUUCAAGUGGAUGUAAUCAAGACUUUCUGACCAUGUCAUGAAUCAAUUAGUCUGUGUUAACAUGAUUAAAACUUUGCGUUUGCAAUUCAAUAGAAUCUGUUUUUAUAUUGUGGAGUACUUUUUGCAACUUGUUAUUUGUACAUUUCUUGUUAGAAAUGGUCUUACAUUUGACUUACAAGUGAUGCUUUUUUUGCAAAGUAUACAUUUAUUAGUGAUUUGUUUUGAUCUUCUGCCUGCAAUGGAAACAGCACUAAUGAUUCCUUUAAAGUUAUUCUGUGACUUUGGAUGAUUUUUUUAUAAUAUUAUAUAUAGUAUGAUAUAAUAUAUGCCAUUUCAACCCCAGGAACCAACAGGAAAUAAUCUCUUUCUAUGCCACUUGUAAUUGCCAUAGCUCUUUGGCCCCAUCCAUAAACAACCAUCCUGUAGCCCCUAGGGACUUCAUGUAGAGCUGAAUCAUGUAUAAAGCCAUAAGAAAUAUUAUAGUAGCUACACCUACAGUACCUACAGUAUAUCACCGGUUGCAGCAUAUCAUGACAGCCUACAACAAUGGCAACCUAUAACAUUGUCAUGUCACCAAAUCAGAGCUUUCAAAUACUUUCCAUUUCAUAAAAGUAUGAGUUGCCAUUAUUUCAGGCAUGUUUCAUUCUUAUUACUUACUUUUCAUAACCGCUCUUCAACAUUCAUACAAUAUUUUAUGAAUUUGUUUAUUUUAUUUGCAAUGCAUUAAUAAACAGAGUUUUACACUUGA